AUGAAAAUUGCACGGGUUGGUGCUGACGAGUGUCCCGAUUUGACUUCUGUUGUUGCAAACGUUUUCUUGGCCGACAUGAAAAGUUUCACCGAGACAGUUGAUUUGAGAAUCAACACUGACGCAAUCAUUUGCAAUGAGAAAAUAGAUUUGAUUGUUCUGAAAGCUGGAGCAUCGAUUACAGUCAAUAGAAUCAUUCAAACAUCUGGCAGUGCUACGUCGACGACAGCGAACUCUUGA